GUUUUGGAAAAAGGGAGCAUGACGCCUGUGUCAUUACAGGUAUACUAACUGCUCAUAUUUUUGGUGUACCUAAACAAAUGCCCCAAUGGACCUUGGGCGUACAUGAAAUGCACCCUGGCAUCUCUUCUGUUGAACGUGAACCUGAAUAAAGUUUCCUUAGUGCCCUUUUAUGUCUUGGACCCCUGCCCUCUGAAAUUCCUGGUUGCGCGCCUGAGUUCCUUGUUAGUAGAAACUGACACGGAAAAAUGGAAAUCAAGGAAAAUUGCCUCAAUAAAGAAAGGGGACAGCCCCUCUCCUUCACGGCGUCAGUGUAUUCCUUCACAGUGUUCGCUGGUAGUAGGCCUCAUCGAAUAGCGUUCUUUAGCUGUGUGGAGCAUUUCGAAAGCUGCAGGGUUUGUUUUUAAAGGCAAUACACGCAACAUUUUGUACAGAAUCUAAUAUAGUACAUAGAACAGAGUGUAUUGUAUCUCAUUUUAUUUGCGGAGCAAAAUAUGCAUAUCUUGGAAGUUGUUCAUGGCUAGGCCGCUGCCAGAUCCCUUUCGCACAAGGAAGGAAAUGACAUGUCUUGAGUAAACUAAGAAAUAGAGUAAACGAUUCAUUUGCAGUGGAAUAUUUUUGAAUGCAGAUCGUAGAUUGGUUAAAUCUUGCACAAGAAAGUGGUUCUGAGUGAUUUACCAACGUUUUAGUUUUGGUCAUGUAUUUCAGUCCAAGUAAUCAACAAACCCUGAAACAAGGCGUGCUUACUAAAAGAUCUCAAGGCAAAAGCAAAAUUCUUACAACUUGUAACUACAAAUCUAGACUGUUCGUUUUGACUCCAGAAGAGCUAUCAUAUUAUGAUGGCACAGAGGAGAAAAAAGGCAAACAAAAAGGAACCAUUGCAUUAUCAAAGAUUAAAGUUGUAGAGAGUGUGGAUGAUGAUGCCUUGGAUCGAAAAUUCUGUUUUCAGGUCCAGCAUGACAAUUUAAUACUUUACAUCAUUGCAAAUAGUGAAGAAGAAAGAAAUGAAUGGGUCACUUCACUGCGAUAUGAAAUUUCCCAGCAGAAUCGUCUUCUUCUGGAGAACUUUCAUUCUGGACUCUAUAUUAAUGGUAGCUGGUCCUGCUGCAAAUGCGGCAAAAAUUCCCAAGGCUGCAAGAAGACCCAUUUUGCAACAAAUGUAUUUGAUCCUAGCCAAGGUGCUGACAUACCAAAGCCACCAAGCAUGCCUUUACCACCUGUACCGGAUGAAAAGAAAAAUGGCGACGCUGUAGAUGAAUCGAAAUUUAUGAAAGUUAUGGCUGUUUUUGACUUCAAAGCGUUGCAGCCAGGGGAUUUAUCACUUACCAAGGACCAGGAGUACACAAUCUUGGAUAAAGCACAGCCACAUUGGUGGAUGGCAAGAGAUUCUAUGGGGAAUGAAGGAUUCAUACCAAGUAACUAUGUGCGCAUGGAAAUUGGCCUUGAAGGUCAAAGGUGGUUUCACGGCGAUCUCUCCAGGCAAGAAACUGAAGACUUGCUGAAGCUUGAGGGAAAAGACGGUGUAUUUCUCGUUAAAAAUUCCAGCCGUCCUGGCAUGUACACACUUUCACUUAGUUUCCAGGGUGACGUAAAACAUUACCAUAUCAAGCUAACCGAUGAGGGUAAAUACUUCGUGUCUCCAAGACAUGCAUUUGAGAAUAUAAUCAAACUUGUGGAGUACCACAAACUCAACUGUGCUGGUCUUGUAACAAGACUCCGGUUUCCUUAUACAAACCAGGGUGGUGGACCACCAACACCAGUUCUUGGUCAUGAUAUUUUUGAGAUUGCUCGAGAAGAGAUAAGUUUUGGUAGACAACUUGGCGCCGGACAGUUUGGGACUGUCUAUGAAGGUGUCUGGAAAGGCAACCACCGAAUCGCCAUUAAGAUGAUGAAAGAAGGCACUAUGUCUGAGGAUGAUUUUAUUGAAGAAGCCAAAGUGAUGUCGAAAUUUUAUCAUAAAAACCUAGUGAAACUAUUUGGUGUCUGCAGCAAAGCGAGGCCGAUAUGCAUUGUUACAGAGUUGAUGACGAAUGGAUCGCUGUUGGAAUAUUUGCGAAAUAAUCGAAUGCUGCUAGAUCAAUUGAAUACGAUAUUGAACAUCAUUUUUCAAGUUGUUUGUGCUAUGGAAUAUUUGGAGGAGCAGCAAUUCAUCCAUAGAGAUCUGGCUGCAAGAAAUUGUUUGGUUGGAGAGAGAAAUAUUGUAAAGGUUGCCGAUUUUGGGUUAGCGAGGCAUGUCACUGAUGACGAAUAUACUGCUUCAGAAGGAACGAAAUUUCCUAUCAAAUGGGCAGCACCUGAGGUUAUUCACUAUACACGAUUUAGCAGCAAAUCAGAUGUAUGGGCCUAUGGAAUACUGUGCUGGGAAGUGUUUUCAGGCGGAAAAACUCCAUACCCUGGUAGACAAAACAUUCAAGUCGCUGAAGAUAUCAUGACGGGGUACAGAAUGGAAAUACCUGCAAAAUGCCCGCGAUAUGUCUAUGAUAUUGUCACACGAUGCUGGGAAGCUGAACCAGACCAACGACCAUCUUUUAGCCAGCUGUUUUCUGAACUCCAGGUGCUAAUUGAAGACUACACAGAAACCUGAUAAGUGCUCAUUAGACCUUUUGGUCGUUAAUAGUGGAAUUUUUUAACCAAUUUAAUGCAAUAAGAAUUAUCUAAAAUUUAUGUAAAUAAACGAAAUCACAUAAUCCAAGUUAACCAUUUACGGAAAUUAAAAUGUUAGACUGUAGUCUUUCUUUCUACGUUGGGUUUAUGAGAAAUCCAUCACUUUCGACAAAAGUCACAUUUCAUCAAAUGAUGCAUCGAACGAACGGAUGAAGUGCCUCUAAUUUUUUUGCAACCCUUCAGCCGUAGAUAUGUGCCUUGAAUACUCUGAAAUCUUGUGAUCAAAUUUCACAAAAGCAAUGCAAUUGAACGAUAAACAAACGAUUUUGAACUGCCUUCGUGAUAUAAAACCGAAAUGGACAUGCAUCAACCCUCGAUGUCCAGUGCUUACCCAGAAUAGAUCAAAGGUUUUACCUAACCGUGCAAUAGUCCUCCGCCCUCACUUCCUCCUAUACCAUUUUUUCUAUCUCACCUUCUCUACCAUAACUGUCACCUCCUCCAACGGUAUCGCACCCUUUCCUUUUAUCCCUCUCUUUUCUCUGUCUCACCUCCCAUGGAAAUUUUAACGCUAAAUAGAGAGCUUCAAAUCAAAUAAAAAUUUUAGUUUUACAGUCCAGAUUUAGGCCUUAUCCUCCCUUUUGCGGAUAUUUUUGAAUCCCAAAUCAUCUCUAUGCGGAUACAAAAAAGGUCGCGUCCACACGUAGCAUAUUUAAAUAGAAUCCAGCUAUCCACACGAUUUCAGCUUCAAUGUUGUUUUCGCAGCUCCUUUUUGAAUAUUUCUGUCAGGGCAUGUGCCAUGACACAGUUGAGGCAGUGUUACAUCAUUGGAUUAGAAUAUAUCCGGAUUCGAGCGUCCACACGUAAUGGGAUUCGUAGCUUUUAUACAGAUUUCCACUAUGGAGACCGAACUCGAAAAGUUGCGGAUACGAUAGCGUAUUCGUCGAUUGCGUGUAGACGUGAGCCCUAUCCGCAAUGAAAAGUUUGCGGAUUCAAAAAUGCCCGUAUACGCGUGGAUAUGGCCUUAGACACACGGGGACCUCUGUAAUAUACUUCAGUCUUUGAAAAUUGCUCAUUUAAAAAGCCUGAAGACUAGGUAAUCAGUGAAUUUUGAUAACUCGUUUAAGUUGUUUUGAUGAAAAUUUUUAGUAGUCGACUUAUAUACUUGAUUGGACCAAGAGUUUAGGAUAAAUGUUAAAAACUUUUGAUUGCACCUUAGGUAGUUUCCGUCUCUGAAUUUUUAACGUCGCAAUUUUUUAUUAGAAGUAGAUUAAGCAGUUUUCAUACCAAUGAAAGAAUCUGAAUUACUUUAAGUGUCUAUUACAUUUAAAUGGCUGCCGUUGGUUCUAUCUGCCGCUAUUCAUUUCAAAACUAUGCCCUGAAGGGAGAAGAGAGGAAGGCACCCUGCACUUUGAGUCUGUUAGGAAGAACUAUUGUAGCGGUAUAAGUCAGUUCACUGGUCCCGAAUCAAAUCCGUUUCUUUUUGACUUAAUGAAAAAAAUUAAUGAUAAGAAUUGAUUAUGAAUGAUUAUGAAUUUAUUAUUGAAAAUUAGUAAUAAAAAAUCUGUUAAUUAUUUUGAAUUUGUUAUAUUAAUGACAUAAAAUGUUUGCCUAAGUUAUAAAGCCUUUUGGUAUACACUUCUUUAGCAUUUUGUGACCACGACUUUUUUCUGUACAAUAUACUUAGUUUUAGGUGGCACUUGUCUUAUAAAA